UUCUUAUCUCUUCACUACAAUCUUAUUCAAGAAAAAAAAAAAACCUUCCUCUCUAUCUUUUAUGGCAAUGAAGAGUCUCUCAUUUCUUGCAGUGCUCUCUCUCUUGGCUUUAACACUUCCAUUGGCCAUUGCUUCUGAUCCAAGCCAACUUCAAGACUUUUGUGUCAGCGCCAACACCUCAGCAAAUGGCGUUUUUGUUAAUGGAAAGUUCUGCAAGGACCCGAAGCUCGUCACAGCAGCUGACUUCUUUUUCUCAGGGCUUCAAAAUGCAAGACCCAUAACUAGUCCAGUUGGGUCUACCGUGACAGCCGUCAAUGUUAACAACCUUCCCGGGUUAAACACUCUUGGAAUCUCCGUUGCUCGUAUUGAUUAUGCGGUUAACGGGCAGAACCCGCCUCACACCCAUCCACGUGCCUCCGAGAUCUUGUAUGUCGCGACUGGGACACUUUACGUUGGGUUUGUCACGUCAAACCCCGAAAAUCGCCUUUUCAGUAAAACACUCUACGAGGGUGAUGUAUUUGUGUUUCCAGAGGGACUCAUCCAUUUUCAAGUGAACGUUGGAAAAUAUCCAGCGGUUGCAUUAGCUGGUCUGAGCAGCCAAAACCCAGGAGUCAUCACUAUUGCUGACACCGUGUUUGGGUCUAACCCACAGAUAGACCCAGGUUUUCUUGCAAGUGCAUUCCAGGUUGACCGUAAGAUUGUCAUGGAUCUACAGACCAAGUUCAAAAAACCAUAAUAUCGUGCUUGAAUUACUUUUAUAUUAUAUACCUAAGACUGAAUAAUUAAGGAUCUUGUAUUAU